UUGUAUUACAAUGUUAUAUUUAUAUGUAAAUAUAUUAAGAUAUUAAUAAAAUUUUUUCUCGAAUUGAUAAUAUUUGCGUUGAUCAGCGCUCUCUAUUUCUUGUAGCAGAAAAUGUUCUACACGACUUAUAAGUUGUUCACUAACCUAUAGACGACAUGGCAAAGGAACUACACAAAUGUUUGAUAAAUUAUUUCUCACAGUUAGAGAAAGUAAGUUGCAAAUGGAAUCAAUUGUCCGAAGAAGCGAAACGGCCUUUACACGGAUUAAAGAAUCAAUCAGAGCAACUCCGACUCGUCAUAAGCAAUGAAGUCGAUGAUGCAGAACUCUGUAAAAUAGACGAACUACGUGAAAGAUUGAUUUUUAAAAUUCUUAUGGGAAUCGACAGUGAACUUGAACUGUUAUUAAAUAUUUUGACACAAUUUAAUAACAUUAAUCAAGAUUUAAAAAAUCGUUUAAACAAUUUGGAAGAUACAAGAAGCAAAAUUUCAUUAGAUGAAGAAACGAUGAAAGAAUUAAUCAAUGGUACACCUUAUAGACCAAGAUUAAAUUUACUUUUACAAUGGGCUAUCGAAGCUUUCAAUUACUACCACGAAUUAUACUUGCUGAUCAAUAAAAACAUAAAACAAUUCAAUUACAAGGACGAGGAAACGGUAGAAAAUUUAACAAAGUCUUUUGUCGAGGAUCGAUUUAAAAAACCGCGGAUCGAACGUAAGUAUCCAUUUCUAAUUUGCAUUUUAAUUAAUUAGCAAUUUCGUCGUUAAUUUGCAUUAUUUAUUCCAGGAAUACUCUAUUUCACACAAUUUC